GGUGUACACAUUAUUAACUCAUCCCUCCCCAACACAAAACAGAGUUGAAAAAUAAAAAACCACAAGGAGGAAAAAACCAAAGGGAAGACUUUGAAUCGACUAACUCAUCAACAAUUCUCUCUGGAACCUUCGAUUCGCACGCGGCAAUCGAGGGUUUCAGACAUCUACCCCUCUUAUCACAACCUUAAAUCUUCGAUACAUACGAAGCAUUAUCGUCAUAUUAUCCUAGUAAUUUCAAUGGGGACUCCAGCUUUUCCUGAUCUUGGAAAGCAUUGUUCUGUCGAGGAUUGCAAGCUCAUUGAUUUCUUGCCCUUUACUUGUGAUUGUUGCAACAAGGUCUUCUGUCUGGAGCAUCGGAGUUACAGCAAACACCAAUGCCCAAAAGGCAACAAACACGAUGUUACUGUUGUCAUCUGUCCCCUAUGUGCAAAAGGAGUUCAACUUAAUCCCGAAGAAGAUCCUAAUAUUACUUGGGAAUCACAUGUUAACACUGAUUGCGACCCUUCAAACUAUGAAAAAGUCACAAAGAAGAAGAAAUGCCCUGUACGUGGCUGCAGGGAGACCUUGACAUUUUCAAACACUAUAAAGUGUCGGGACUGUACUGUUGAACAUUGUUUGAAGCAUCGGUUUGGACCUGAUCACAGUUGUCCUGGACCAAAGAAACCAGACACAGGCUUUCCGUUUAUGAGCUUCUUAAAUACAAGUAGAAAAGAAGAUACGAGACGUAACAAAGCUCCCAUAUCGUCUUCAUCCAAAUGGACAUCAACUUUGUUGAAGGCAGCUUCAUCUGUGCGAGCCUCGGCUGAAGCUGGAAUGACAAAAUUGGGCAAUGAAUUUAGCCAAGCGUUGCAGAUAGGCGAAGGUAGCAGCAGCAACAAUGGAAAUGCAGCUGCUAGCAACGGGCAAAUAGAAGCCUGUCCAAUAUGCCAUGUUAGAUUUGCUUCAGCUACAAGUUUGGUUGAUCAUGUGAAGAAAACCCAUGAAAAGGAUAGCACUCGUCCUAGUGUAAUGAAGACGACUCUUGAUAUCUGCCCAAGGUGUAGUAAAGGUUUCCGUGAUCCAGUUGCUCUCGUAGAGCAUGUCGAGAAAGAUCAUGCAGGCUAUUCAAAAGCAUAGUUGAUGAUGAUUGGAAAUAGGGGAUGCCAUAUACAAAAAGUUUUUCUGUUUUUUUAUCACAAAUUUAAUUGGUUAAAGUUGUACACCCCCAAAUGCACAUAUCUAUUUGAGUUUUUGAAUGUCAGUUCCUUGAUAUUGGUUAAAUCCGUUCUGUACUGUAUUAUCUUUUCUGGAGCUAGAACACUAUGCCCUUUGUUUUAUUAUUUGUA